CACAUAAAACAACUUUGUCAAUUGAUAUUUUUGACUUUAAAUCGGUAUAAAUGCCCCAAAUGUGGAGUUGAAGUUUCAUAAAAGUGACGAAGUUUACCUUUACAGUUCCCCCACAAACUCCAUACAGACCCUUUAAGAUGGCGGCGCUUGCUGACUUAGUUGCAGCAUCUCUCAUAGAGAGAGACACGAGUGGUGAUGUGUUAUGGACGUGGUCGUACCCAUCGGUCAGUCAGCAGCAGAGAGAUGUGCUGACCAGGAAGUCCCAGCUGGCGGCCGACCCGGCGAACAUCCCGUCGUUUGUGUACGGUCAGUGGCACCGACAGUGGUACUACAUCAAAUCAUCACAGGUUCAGGAUGGAGACCCACUACCUAAGGUGACGCACUUUUCCUUAGUCAUCAUCUCCAAGGACUUCAACCCUGAGAAGUACGAGACUUUCUCCCGUAUCCUGUGCAAGGCGUACAGUAGAACGGGCAGCCCCGCCGCCAUGCUACAGUUCUAUCUCGCUGUCGUCACCAGGGGGUCGUGUCAGAGCGAAGAAAACGGUACCUUCCUGGUAAAGGAGUUUGACCCAAGGAAAGCGUACGCUGCGGGGUCAGUCAAAGAUAUAGUGAACAGGUUUGGAGUGGAGAGUAUACUCAUCUACACAGCCAUACUCCUGAAGAAGAAACUUGUUGUCUACCAUCCGCACCUGGACGGUCUUCUAGAGACAGUCAGAGCAUUCCCAGCCUUUGUGUGGCACAGACAGAACUGGAACAUCCUCUACACAAAUGUUGAGCUUGUAGAAGAGGAGUUGGAGGAUCUAAAGUCGUGUGGACACUACAUCGCAGGGUUCACUGACCCCAUGGUAGAGAGUAGAGCGGACUUGUAUGACGUCUUCGUGAACCUUUCGGACGGCGAGAUAUCGGUAGCACCUCACGCUAAAGAGUCCAUGGCAAUGGGCAAGAUCCACAAAGAUAUCGCCAUGGCGAUGGUACAGUGUGCAGAGGAUGAUGGGAUGGAGAACCAACAGGUCAUCAAGGAAAUUGCAGUGAAAACAAAAGAGCUGCUCAACAAAGUCAAGUCGUUGGCCACCCCUGCAGAGGAAGGGGGGAAACCCCUCAUCACCCUGGAUGCCUUGAGAGAAAGAAAGAUGGCGCCGGCCAAUGAGAACUUCCUGUUCAGCCUGGCAGCAGCAGAGGGACUAGCAGAGCUCUGAUACGAACAGUGUGAUUGGAUAAAAAAUAGAGUCCGUAAAGUUGAUUUGUAAAAUAUAUUACAAGCUGAUGAUUAUGACAGAAAUUGUAACAGUAUUAUCUAAAUGGGAAAGUACAUGAUAUUGUAUAAAAUUUAAUGUGAAAUUUCAUACUAUUCAGUAGUACUAGUAGUUUAAGAAUAAGGCCUGGAAAUUUUGAAAAUGAAUCGAGUUAAACUUUCCCAAAUCAGCAACCAUUGUUGAAAAUGUAUUAACUGUCAUACAUAAAUGUUAACGACUUAUGAGUACAGUGAAUUUGUAUUCCAGCUUAUUAGAAGUUGUUGUUAUAGACUUUUAAGUACACCAUUAACCAGACAAAGUGUUAUCAAAGUUUAACAUUAAUUUUGAACACAAAAAUCGGAGCCAAA